AUGUGGCUUGAUGUUUCGUCUACCUCGACCGGCAUGUCUGGUGGCACCUUGUGCUUGGUUCCGGGCACCUCGACAGGCCCCAGCUGCAGCACAACAUUGCCAGGUGGCACCUUGGAUGCGGGAAGACAGAAAGAGCCUGCAGCUAGUCGGCCCGCAGCCAAUAGACGAUGCCACCAUCUCAACAAGCUCCAAUGCGACGGUCGCAACACUGGUAAAGCAUUGAAACCCCCGUUGAAGCAACACAAGGCCAGGAGCAGAGAUCAGCACGUCAUGGAGCAUAUCUCGAGCAGCAGCGCCGGAGGAGACACGCCGCUUCUGACCUCUUGUGGCACCAACCAGCCUUACGCAAGCAACGGCCGUCCAAUUCGCUUUGCUGGCCCCCAAAACGAAAACCUGGAACCAGAGCAGCUGCACAGCCUCUGGAUUAACGACAAGACCAACGCCACGGGGGGCGCCUUGGGAGGUGCUAAUGCCAUGCACUGGGCCCCCAACAAGCAGGCGAGCGGCUCCCAUGCGCCCCAAGACACCUUCAAACUGACCGCAGGUUCUGCUCCAGGGAGCGCAUUGAAUCGGUUCAACAAGUCUGUGACUGAGUUCAUGCUGACUGAUGGUAAUGCCAUGCCCGAUCCAUUCCCCAGGAUUUAUUGCACAGCGGCCCAGAAGGGCCAAGGCCAGCCUGCGCCAGGGGCCGUCCCUGUCAUCAACCACUGCAACGGCCUGGCCUGA